AUCGCUUCACUCUCAUAACGCGUAGUGUACUCGCGCUUCCCUCCCUCCGUCCCUUUGUCUCGCCUGCUAAGGAAUAUUCAGUACAGGUUAUGUACGUCAGUUGUCAAAAGAUGAUGUUUUGAGACGUUCUGUCACGGCCGCGACGACCCGUCGAUCCGCUCCGCGUGUUCCGUAUUUCUCUCCCGCCUCUCCAACCACUCGCUACGCGACGAACGGGACUAGAGUCGUUAGUUUCAUGUGAUUUCGCGCUCGGUUUCUUCAGCUUUUGUUCCGCCUCGCGGGUGAUGUCGGGAAGUGCUCGGCCAGACGAGCGCUAGACCAAGAAGUGUCGCAAUCGAGACCGUUGAGAAUGGUCGACGAGGUGGUGGAGAUACCACGGAGCCUCGGUAACGAGGACGUCGAGUGCAUCAUUGACACCGAGAUCGAUGGCGAUGACGACGAUUCCGACGGGGUCAUAGUUCCGGAACUUCAGGGUACACUAUCCAAAUGGACAAAUUACAUACAUGGCUGGCAAACUAGAUUUAUUGUACUCAAAGAUGGUACUUUGUCUUAUUACAAAUCGGAGCAGGACAGCGGAUACGGGUGUCGUGGCUCGAUUAGUCUGUACAAAGCUAAUAUCAAGGCUCAUCAGUUUGAUGAAUGCAGAUUCGAUGUGUCGGUAAACGACUGCUUGGUUUGGUAUUUAAGGGCGAACAGUCCGGAGGAAAAGCAGCGAUGGGUAGAUGUCUUGAAAUCUUACAAGUCAGAAUCUGGAUAUGGGAGCGAGAAUAGUCUCAAACGACAUGGUAGUGCCAUUUCGCUCGUGUCAAAUACACAGUCAACAACGAGCGCUGGUAGUCUCACUAAACGUGGUAUUAGAGGAUUAAAGGAAAAAUUGGCCGAAAUUGAAACCUUCCGGGAUAUUCUAAUCAAGCAAAUUGAUACUCUGCAAAAAUAUUUUGAUAAUUGUGCAGAAAAUGCCAAGAAUACUUCCAAGGAAGAAAAGAAAAUUGAGACAAUGUUUGAUCCAGCCGAACAAUCAGUGGAUUUCAAAGGAGAAGCGAUAACAUUUAAGGCCACCAGCGAGGGAGUGUUGGCAACCUUACAGCAUUGCGUCGAAUUGAUGGUGCAGAGAGAGGAUGCAUGGCGCCGUAGAUGGGAGAAGGAAGUCGAAAAGAAACGAAAGUUACAAGAACUUUAUAAAGCUCUGAAAGACCAAGUUGCCAUGCAUCAUAACGGUUCUCCAAGACCCAGGGUCCUUAUUCAUGGAGGUCCUGAUUACGAGGAAGGUCCGCACAGCGCUCUUUGCGACGAAGAAUUUUAUGAUGCUGUUGAAACGGGUCUGGAUAAAAUCGAGGAGGAGAAUCAACUAAGGGAUCGUUUAAAACAGAAAUCUGUUUCGAUUUUGACAUCCCCUGUCACAACAGCGUCUACGCACAAGCUAUGGCCAGAGAUAGAGAAAAUUACGAUGGAGCAGUUGCAUUAUGCCCGACUCGGCGUAGGCGGAGCGGGUGGUUGGCAAUUGUUCGCUGAAGAUGGUGAUAUGCGAAUGUACCGGCGAGAAGAGGAGGCUGACGGGUUGGUCGUAGAUCCUCUCAAAGCGUGUCACGUCGUCAAAGGAGUGACCGGUCAUGAGGUUUGCAAGAUAUUCUUCAGUCCUGAGUACAGAAGCGGUUGGGAAGCCACUUUGGAAGACAUGACAGUUGUCGAAAACAUUUCCAAGGAUACAUUAUUAUUUUUGCAAACGCACAAACGCAUCUGGCCAGCGAGUCAACGAGAUGCGUUAUUCUGGUCGCACAUACGCCGAGUGUCCGAUGAUCAAGAUCGCGACGCUCAUGAUCUGUGGAUAGUCUGUAAUCACAGUACUGAACAUCCUGAUUAUCCGCCAAACGCGGGUAAAUGCGUGAGAGUUUAUCUGACGGUUUGUUUGGUAUGCCAAACAUUCAUCGAUCCCCCGAAGGACGAGGAAGAAAUAAAGAGGGAAAAUAUUACGUGUAAAAUAACAUAUUGUUCAGUUGUAAAUCCAGGUGGAUGGGCUCCUGCAUCUGUUUUGCGGGCUGUUUACAAGAGAGAGUAUCCAAAGUUCCUCAAGCGUUUCACGAACUUUUGUAUCGAUCAAUGCAAAAACAAGCCAAUCACAUUCUGAAUGUGAUAAGAAAAAGCAAAGAACUUCAAUGUUUUCCAUCCAAUUCCUUAUUCACUAUCUCGAAGUGUCUUCACGUGAUUACUGUAAAAACAAGUUUGUAUUGUUACAUACUGUAGGGAUUAUAGAACGGCCAUUACGACGUAAGUGAAACCGUUUUGUAUAUUACCUUUUUUUUUAUUUGCUUAAGAUAAUCGACUUAUAUAGCUUACGAACGGGAAAAACGAAUCGUUAUAUUAAAAGCCAUUUAUGAUUAUAAGUGAGAGUGUAUGACAAUUGCAUACACUGAAAAAACUAACUUUGAUGAAAGCACGCGUGGCUGCAGCACCGUUUACAAACUAUCCUUUUCCUCUUUCGUGUAACAUUCUGUUAUUUGUUAUACAGAACGCUAUCGCAGAAUCCAAUUGUACAAAUCUUUAACAAAAAUUGGAUUCAUAUACAUAUUUAUCUCUUGUUACAUAUUACAAUCUACAAUUAAAUGCUGUAUGAUAUCAGAUUAUACCGUUAUUUUUAUUCGUACAUAAAAAUGUGUACAUUGCUAUGCGAUAUAAAGGUCAUAUGGAAAAACGUAAUAAAAA